CGGGCAGGAAGCGGAAGUGACGGUGUGCCGGCGGCCGUUGGGAGUCGUUACCGGCAGGGGCCGGCCCGCUGUAGGGACGCGGCUCGGCAGCGGGGCCGGGGUCCUGCCGCUGAGUUUUGCAGGAUGAGUGCCAUGACUGAAGACGUUAAGCCAGAAGAUGCCAAGCUGGAACCUGAAAAAAAAAUAUAUUAUUGUGAAGUUUGUAAAGUUCCGUGUAUGAGUUCUAUAAGUCUUCAGUCACACUACCGUGGUGCAAAGCAUAGAAAGAAAGAAAAAGCCCUGAGACCCAAGACUGUCUAUUGUCCUCCAGCUCCAGUCCGAACUCCAAUGAAGUAUGAAACACAGAGACCAGUGAAGAGAGGACUCACAAAGGACAUAACCUGUCUGAAGGAUUUUAUGAAUGAUCCCAAAAGAGAAGAACCUCUAGUUGGUUUAGAACAUGUGGUUGAAAUCAGAUUUGAAGGAAGAAAAGAGCCGCAUUAUGAAUGCAAGCUGUGUGGGUUUAAUACAGAGAUGGCACCCAUGAUAGAACAUCUCAGUGGGUAUAAACACAGAAGAGCAUACAUAUCUAAAGAAUUUCCAGAUAAAAUGAAGAGAAAGACAUCAGAUGUAAAAGAAUGCAAAGUCUCAUUUCUCAGAAGAGUAGCAGGAGAGCUAGAGAAGACUGAAGGAUUAAAAAUGUAUAAGAUUGAAGGUUACAUAAGACCAAGUACCUCACCCCCAUCAAAGAAGAAAGCAAGGUGGGAAGAUGAUCAUAAGCAUGAGAAUGAUCCUGUUCGGAAGCAGAAAGCUUUAGAGUUCUUGGAGACUUUUCACAUCACCUCAGACUCAGAAGCAACACUCGUUGUUCACAUUACACAGGAACUUACGGAAGCUUUAAAGUCAUUUUGUGAAAAGAAAGCAGCAGUUAAUUAUACCAACAGUCUGAGGCCACUGAUGUCAAUAUCUCAAGAUGAAUUUCCAGCAAGAAAAAGCAUCCCGAAACUGUAUAAGCCAUAUGGAAAAUCCAAAGGAAAUUCUAACUGGAAUCAAGGUUCUUCAUCUCAGUAUGAACAGUGUGCUGCAGAUGAUUGUUUUGCUCCUGAUAACUCACACAAUUACCAAAGUGAUGAUGGAUCAUCUUCCUAUGGACUAAGACCUAGUGACUUUGCGAUGAUGUCUGCACUCAGGGACUCUUUCGCUCUUCAGACUGGAUGUCCUGCCAGUGGGAUCAGUGAAUGGCUGAGACAGUUCAGCCGAUCUGCUUCUGGCAGUAAUUCAGCCCGUGGGGCCUCUUCAUAUGAGACAAAUUCGGUGAGCGAGUACUCAGCAGAAUACAUGUCCAAAGAUGUGCGAGGAAGUAAGCUCCCUGACAACAGACUGUCGUAUGGCGAGGAAGGUACAAAUUGGAGGAACCAACAAACAUGUACAAAAGCAAGGAGUGUAAGUGAUCAAGGAUUACCCUAUCCCAAUCCUUCAUAUCCUCCAUCUGGAAGAUACUCAACAAACUAUCCUUCGCAAAGCUAUUCCUCUUACAGGAGUGAUGGGUCUGUGAAUUCUUGUACAUCUUCUGCACAUUCUGCUUCUUCAGGAAGAGGUGGCUCCAGGUGGAACCAGGACUCCAGGUGGAACCAGGACACCAGGUGGAACCAGGACUCCAGGUGGAACCAGGACUCCAGGUGGAACCAGGACUCCAGGUGGAACCAGGACUCCAGGUGGAACCAGGACUCCAGGUGGAAUCAGGACACCAGGUGGAAUCAGGACACCAGGUGGAACCAGGAUUCUAGCUGGAACCAGGAAACUAGGUGUCAAGAAUAUAGGCAUCAGAAGUCAGGCUACAGAAGUGAUUGGGGUUCACGUCACCGUCCCUUCUCUGGCGGUGGUUCAUACAGAGAUAACCAACAGUUCAGAGGCUCAGAUACGACGUUUGAUGAAGACACUGUUGGUCUUGCUCCUAAUGCUUUGAACAGACUAGGAGGAAAGGAUAUACCUGCAAUGACCAGGAUGCUCAAGCAGUUGGCUCCGUAUUAUCCAGCCCUUCAAAAAAUAAAUAUUCAGACGUUAGCCAAUGUGCUAGUAGAAACUAGAGGAAAAGAUUAAGGAGCGACAACAGCCAAACUGGAAACAUGAUCAGAUUCAAGCAUCUUCAUCUCUUGGCUUUCAGGAAAGAGACUGCAUUUGAUUGUGUGACUGGUUUUGGAAGGGGAAAGGGAGGUAGAGUUCAACAUUUUAAUGUGGUAAAUAUAGCUGGAACACAAACUUGCACAUAAAGGAGGUGAACACUAUUUUGUUUAGGCUUUUUUAAAGUAUUUGUUAUAUCUUAGUAUAUUGCAGAAAAAUCUUUUGUUAUUUUUUGAAAAUAUGUUAAUGUUAUUCUGUCAGGAAAAAGCUAAUCACCCUUCUAACAUCCUUCCCCACUCAGAAAAAAGAAAGGUUUGCUUUUAUGUUAACUUUUUAGGAAGAAUGUUCACUGAAAAUACAGGUCUGUUACAUGAAAAUACAGGUGUACUUUCCUUCAAACAAAUUUAAGGUCAAUUAAUGUAAGGCUUUAUAAUUUGGAUAUUUUUAGAAAUUGUUACACUACAUUUCUGUUUAGAAUAACGAAAGGUGAGUGUCGCAGCAAAGGUAUUCUCUGGCUUAAUGCCAUGCUGUAUGAGGAAAAUGUAAUCGGUUCUAGGGGAUGGUUAUGUAACGGGGCAUUUUACCUGCUUUUGUUUUUGCUGAAUGGAACGAGACAUGGAAGAUAGGCAGGCUUUUUUUAUCCUGUUCAGAAUGAAACUGUUGCAAAUUGACUUAGAAACUCAUUUGUUGAAUUGAUCCAUCCUAAAGGAGAAAAUUCUUCAUUCUUCCUUAUUGAUAAAAACAUAUUAAGAAGUAGUAGAACCUGUUAAGGCAGUUAGUUAAAAUAAUAGGGAAAAUUAAAAAAUUAAUCAAAAUGACAUACUGAGAAAUCAUCACCAGUUCUUAUUUCUCAGUGGGCCAGACUUACGUUUUCUUCUCCCUACACUUCUGAGCUGUAAGUUCAUGAACUCCCAGCUUUAGAUGUCUGCUUUAUAUAAUCGAAUAGAGUGUACAUGGGGCUUACUCCCCAACAUCUGUUUUCCUUUUCACUGCUGUGUUAUGGACUAUGAUUUUUCUUCUCACCUUCACCUGGAAUAUUUCUCUGUCCCUGCAACACUAAAUACGUGUGCUGAAGUAGGGUUUGUCUUCAUGAGCUGUCAUAUUACUGCAUGCACAAAAACUUUGGAACUUGACAUGUAAAUUUGAACACAAAGGCAACAAAGCAGUUGGUUAUAGAGCGUAUAAAUUUGAUUCUCUAAAAUUCUCCUCCUACAGUUGUUUUAGUUGCGCAUCAGAAAAGAUCCACUUUCGUUAUUCGUUUCUGUACACUGCUUCCUUUCCUCCAGAAAGUGUAGUGCAACUAAAUAUCUGAAACUGUAGAAAAACUCUGCAAAUUAACGUUACGACCUUUUCAGCUGGGGUCUUUGUAGAGAGGUCAUUUUUCUCCAUUUCUGACUCCCUUUGGGAUAUUCCAGUGCCUUACAGUAGCUGGAUGGUCUCUUCCCAACUUGGAUGCUCUUUCCUCCUCCACAUUCCCUUAUUUUUUGUUCUGGGGAACAGUUCCUGUUCCUGCUCAUUGCACAGGGUCCUGCUUUGGGGAAACGGUUCCUGCAUUUUGAAAUGAAUUUGGAAUAGUAAGCAAGCUAAGAAAUUGCCUUUCAUCAUUGAGUUACUAAAGGCUUCCUGAACUGUAGAUGAGCAUUUAGUCUUGUAAAUGCUCCUUGCUUCACUGCUUGUCUUCAGUUUUUACCAAAAUCAGUGAACUUCUUGAUAUGUGUCUCUGUUGGUUCUUUUACACAAGCACUAGCGUCUAGGGACUUUUUUAAACUGAUGUUAUCCCGUAGUUUGCUCUCCAUGCGUGUCUUACCCCUUAUGUGCAACUGCUCCCAGUGCUUCCAGCAGUGUAUUCUUUACAGCUUCCUUCAAUCACUUGGCUAAGCCAGUUUCAGCUUCAUCACUGCUUUCUCCUUAAUUUUCUUUUUACCUUUCUUCUUUCCAAAGACCUCCUAGCUUUGAAAAUUAAGAGCUUCCGUGUACAGUGUCUGUACUGAUACUGCCCUGGGCUCUGCCACUUGGCACUCCCAAAUUUGUUGUCUCCACAAUUGAUUUCAGAGACUUUUUUUCCUUGUGUUCUAUACCAGCAAACAGCUGUAGCUGACUUGUGCCAAACAAGCAGUAUCUUUAUUAUCACAGGAACACAUUCCUCUGUGGAGUUCAAUUUCCUAGUAGGCAAGUGAAGUGCAAGAAGAAACAGACAAGCAUCUUCUGGAUGCAGUUCUGCAAAGGGGUCGUUUGCCCUUGUGACAGGAGUAAUGAAGGUUGGUUUGUUUUUUUCAGGGCUGUGUAGAACUUCCAUACUGGGCAUCAUUGCCUUGUUUGGAGGGUUUCUGUGGCAUCUUCUCUCCCUCCGUAGGGACAGGUAUUUACAGCUUGAAGUGUUUUCUUUUACAGGGUCUAGCUUUCAGUCAUUGCUGAUGGAGGCAUCCAUCCUGGGAAUGUGCCUGUUUCACUUCUUUCUGUCUAGCCAGCAUCUCGUCCUACAAACUUGUCUUCUGAAAGAUCGUGACUUUGGGUUCUGGCUGUCUUGUUUUCACUUAGUUCAACCCUGACAUUUUUAAAGGAGGAUUCAGCUGAGAGCAGGAAAAAGAAAGCAUAAAUCCAGGCUGCUGACCUUUUUGGCACGUGACCAGCAGUGUCCGCAAGAAGACGACUUCAUGGAGGGGAAAAAAAAACCACAGAAGUGUCUUGGGAGUUCUGCCAUCCUACCAGUUACUACAGUAGGAUUGCCUAAGCUGAGCCCGCCUGCUGUUUCACUUUUCCUGCAUUGGCCAAUUUCCUUGAGUCAGCUUCUGGCUACUCAUGCCUGAGAAACCUCUCUGCCUUCUCUUCCUCCCGUGUAGUACGGGACUGGCGCAGAAUCAGUCCUCUGCCUGUUCCUGUUUCUCCAGGCUCUGGUCCGUCAGGGCCUCGGAAACCAUCUUCACAAGGUAGGCACUGAUGGUCUGCAGAGCACCGUCACAUCGAGUGCUCGCCAUCCUUCAGUGCAGCAUUCAUACAGCGGCUGUGGCACCGAGGUAAGAUUUUUGAGGCUGCACCAGAGCCCUUUGAACUGAUUUUGCUUUUCCUUAAAAGGCCAUUGAUAAACAACCAGGAUAGAACAGGCUUUGAGGGAUCUCUGGUCUACUUUCAGCCAGCUGCUUGGUCUGUGGUGUACUUGCUUUCACACCUUCAGAAGCAUCUGUGUUUCCCACUGAGACGAGAGUCAUCCCAGUCCGGAGUCACUGGUAAUUUUCCACACCAGCACGGCUCCCUCAGAAAGUGCUGGCAGCUCCAGUGGUUCUGCAGCAAUUGCAGUUCUGUGCGAUGACAUUGGCUGAAAAAAAAGCUGCGUUCUUCACAGGCCACAACCUGGGUAAUUUCUCUGCUACCAGCUUUAGUUCUAGUUUUGUUAGCUUGGACCUAUUCUUGAUUCCAGAUAUACUGGAUUUCAUUUGGUCAGACGUAUGAUCCAAAGGGACAAGUUCCUUAGUGGGAAAGGAGCGAGGAAGCUCUUUCUUUUUAGUGGGGCCUCUUAAUGGGAAAGCUCUUUUGAGUCCAGAAAUACGGGGCUCCUUUCUUUCUUUCUUUCUUUCUUAUUCCCUCAGGAUUUUAUAUUCUCAUUUCUUUCUUAUUCCCUUCAGGAAUACAUGCAGUAUGUACACACAUAGCAUUCGGGGGAGGUAAGGCUCAAGCAGUAUCUGUUGGAAAGCUUUCUCCCUUGUCUCCUUAAAGAUAAGUUAGCUGCAGUUUAUCGUAGGCUGCUGAAGCGGUCGCAGAUAGAUUUGCCAUCAUUCCUGUCCCCCCCUUACCCAGCACCUCCCAGACGCAAUCCAUCGCCCUUUGGAGGCCAAACACCCCUUCUGGUUGCCCCGAGUGCUUUGCCCUGAGCACCUGUCACUCCCUACAGAUUUCACAACAUAAAGGUGCUUAGGAAGUGUUACCAGCGUGUCACCGGGGCUGCUGUUAACCUUUGUAACCAUGUCCUGACGCGUAACAGCCACAGGUAAGCUUUAAUUGCUUUGGGUAGUGCAGGUGUAUGAUUGUCUUAGAGUACUCCGAGAGCUUAGUAACUUUUCUUUGCUUCCUCCACGUUGCUUCUUCAAAGUUACUGCAGGAGCUGGUGCGUGACAGGAACCUAAUUACUAUUUUUUGCUUCAGUUUUCCGUCUGCAAAUGGUGAGAUUGAGGGUGAGGUUUUGAGGAUGCUCAAGGGCACUUCAAAAUGAGUGCUUCAUCACAAAAAGGAGGAUUAUUUGUGGUAAACGAGCACACUAAGCAGAGGGAACUAUAUCCAGAGGAACUAGAGGUUUUUUGUAGGGAACGUUAUGGGGAAGAUGCAGUAUUAGGACAAAGAUGAGAAGCAGUUCUAUUGGAAGAUGCCCCAAGGAUACCCUGAAAGAAAGGGGCAGCUAGAAAGCAAAAAUACAAAGCAAAGCAAAAAGGCCAUCCCUGUUAAGGGGCAGGGACCCCUGAGCCACGGAAAACUGGAAUACAGCAACACAACCCCCACCAUCCCCUUAAAAAUUGUACAAAGGUAAAGUAGGCUAUGUAAGUUGGUCUAACAUUUUUACUUAACCUUAAAUUCUGUAUUAAAAAUUAAUACAUUAACCUCUUAGAAAAGUAAGGCACAUGCAAAACAUGUUGUGCAACUUCUGAGUUUCGACUCUCUGACAAACUAACAAGCAUUAUUUUAAUUUGGCAUUUCUAUAGAGUCAUUUUUUUCCCCAUGCAGGAUAUGUGGAAGAAAGUUAAGUUUGACAUUGCACCAGUUAAAUCUAGGCUCUGUGCUUUCUGUACUACAGUGAGCAUGAGGUGGUCAGAUCUUACAGUAAUACAAAACGAAAACCAACUCAAGUACAGAUUCUGAAGGGGAUGACGAACGUACAAAAUUUAAGAAUGUGAAAUUAUAUCCAUUAUAAUACAGCGAUAAUCUGAUUCAGUACAUGAUGAUUUGGCAACUCCAGUCUGUACAAUGCCAGGGUGGAAUUCCGAGUUGUCAAUGUCAUACGAUGCUGAAGACCAUAGACAGGUACUGCUCAUAGGACACCUGAAUCCAGCCGUCCUGAUCAGUAUCGUAACGUCGGAAUACAUCAGUCAGCCGCUAAAAAAGGGGGAGAAAACACAUGUUUUGGUACACAGAGUAAAGUCAAACUGCCAGAUAUUCUGCUUGGCCCGGAGGUUUCUUUAGCUUUACGAAUGCUUCCUGCCUAUGCCCUCUGAAGACGCUGUACGGUGUCAUGCGCUAGAGGUAGCUCUUUGCUGCAUCUUGUGCUCGAGCUGUGCAGCAGAUCUGAGUUCAUGAUGUAUCUUACGAUACAACACCUACGCCUAUCCAGGCACUUCUUUAUAGACCAGACAGCUUUUUAUAGCUGGCUCCCGGGGAGGUGGGAACAAUCUGGAGACACUCUAACGAGUGCCAUGUCCAUUUCUCAUCCUCUGGCCAAAUCUGCUCAGUGCAUCAUCAAUAUCUCAGCUACCUCAGAACCCCCCGAGAUGACAAGCAGUGCCAGCAGCAGACCAAAACAACCACCAGCAUGGUUGCACUAACACUAGCUGAAUGGUGGUCAAUUUCAAAGCCCUCUUUAGUAGAGUUUAAGUUUAUAACAAAGUACAAUUUUUGCUCAUAUUACAAAUUAAUAUAAAAGCAACUUAUGUUUCAGCAGCAGCGUUUGACUUACGGCUACAAAUGUAAAGCUGAAAGGAGAAGACCAAAACUUAGGGAAAUAAUGAAGCUCCUACUUACAGAGCACUCCCUUCUCUUCAUGGUGCGUAUAGGAAAAUAGCUAGGAUACCGUUGCAACAACAGCCAGGGUAAGAAGAAAAAAAAAAAAAAUCCCUCUAACUAGCCUGCUAAAAUUCAGCUUGUCCGCUUUUCCCCAAAGUCUUAGAUGUAUUUCCAAAAAGUCAGAGAUUCUUAGAGAAACCUUAAGCAUCAGUGCUUAAGGGCUUGUAAUUUCUCAGGGUGAGAAGUAGUUCAGUGAUUUAUUUCUAAACAGAAGGAUGUACCUGUAAAACAGCAGUUCCCUCUCUCUGUAAAUUCACAUACACACUCCUAUUAUUGGAAUUUUUGUUGUUGUUUUGUUCUGAAUGUCUUUUACUACCACUGCCCCUGCAGAAACAGCAGUGACAAAAGACCAGAUAAUUCAGCUAUUAGGUCAAACUCUUUUUAAUCAGAGCCUUAAACAGAGAUGCAAAAGUCCUUGCAAUUCAGAUUCUGAGAACUUUAUUUUGGCGUACACUCAAGAGGGCAACAUGGGACAUGACACACUCCAGUUUUAACACACCCAAGAUUCUCAAAAAAGUGUGUGUGUAUUAAAGCUAAUUAAAAUUGCAUUUAAUGUUUUCCUUUUAAAAGCACCGAGACCAUUUUACAUUUUUUCACUCCAUAAAAACAUUUAAGAGGUCAAACAAUGGUUUGAGGCUUACUUAUAUGUGAUGCAAACGGAUAACAAGCGAAGGCCAGUAAAUUAAGGUGUUUCUAGCACCUCUUGUAUACUUCAAAUGGAUAAGCAAGUUCUAGACUGAAUAUAUUAAAGGGAACCACAGACGUUUAAGAAAAGGUGUGGUUUUUUUUUUCCAGUUGACAUCAAAAGUACAUCUCCUUUCUUACCUGUAAAACAACACAGCACUGAAUAAAGUCAUCGAAAGCAA